AGUCGUUUCAGUUCUGUGGUAGAAGUGAAUUCGAUCGCACGAAAAUUUCUCGUAUUCUACAUUUUGUAUAUUUCAAUUCAUUUUAUGUUUUCAAUAAUUCAAACGGCCGCGAGAGCAUUCUCCACAAAAUUGAAAACAUGAACGAUUUUACUUGAGACGAAUGUAUCGUCCUGAUGGGUGUGCAUAUUGCAGUCGAUAUAUAGAUCGAUUUAGUACUUAUAUUUCGAGGAAAUUGUUUAAACAAAAAAAAAACUGAUGAUAGUGUUGCAGUUGCUGCUUGUAAUUUUUAAUAAUUUUGUAGAAAUUGAAUAUAAAAAUGAUUUGAUUAAAAAAGUAUAGCUAACCCAAAUCAUCAGUCCGUGGUUCAUAAAGUUACAUAUAUAUUACGAGCGCAUUUACUAAACUUAAUUCAAUUAAAAUGUCAAUUAAUAAUUCAUGUUAAUUAGCUCGGUGUGUUAUGAUUUUAUUUUAAACAAAGUCGUAACUAAUUAAUAAAAAAAAAAAAAUUACAAUCAACCUAUGCACUGUGCCAUCACAUCAGUGUAUGGCAUGACAUGGUAAAUUUUAUGUUAGUUUGUGGAGUAAUAUAAAUGUGAAUGUCAUAUACCAUGUUCGUUAUUUUAAUUUGAAUUAAUGAACGGCUGCUUAAUUAAAAUUGUUGGUCGUUCCUGUUCGAAGAAACAAUCGUGAACAGCGAAAAGUUGUGUUCGACGCAGUUAUGAACCCACGUGAAUUGAGUUUUUUUUACAUGUAGAAAUUGUCAAUAAGCCAUCCGAAUGAAUGAUGAAUGGAGUUGGAUUUAUAAUAGCCUGGACGCGAAACUAUAUUAUAUCAACGCGUGCAUCAAACAAAAGACUAAUAUAAUGAAAAUGUGUUAACAAUCGAUUUGUGAGCAUUCAAUGUGACAGAGAUAUAACACAUCAUCGACAUUAUAUAAAUGUACGUAUAAGUAGAAACGGACUUGGAUAUUCCAAUUUUCCAAACAACAACUCGGUACAACAAGCAACACAACACCGUCAAAUCCCCAACAAUAUGCUGCCAAUACCAAUAGAUCGGACAUCGGGAAGACGCAGCAGUUCUAUCGGAUGUCGGUCUAUUGUGGGACGAAGGACAUCGGUUUACAUCACGACAACGGCAUCACACGAUCCUCUAAAGCUGAUAGUCGAAAUAAACAGUCAAGUGGCACUGUUUCGUGACCUACUUAUACACAUCGGUUCGUCAAAGGAUUGCCCCGAGCUCCGUGAAAAGGUGCGAAAACUUCGAAGAUCGUGUGUUGAAGCGUGUAAACAUACGUGCCAGUUGAUAUUGCCACAAAUGAAGCAAACAAAUGUUGCUGAUGGCAUUACAACAGAGAAUUCGCAUCUAAUUUUACUUUUCUACUUAGCGCAAUUGUUUCUAAGAGAGCUGUUUAAAAGUUAUCGUCUUAUACAAGAAGUGCCAAUGGAUAUGAGCGGAUAUUAUGAUAAUCGAGCUGGCCCAUCAAAUCUGGGCAAUGUGAUCAGUCAGAUACUGUUAUGUAAGCAAAUAACGCCCGACUUCAAUCAGGAGGAAUUAUGUAGCAUCACCAAAGAUUCACAAGAACUAAACAAAAUUCUAGCCGAAAUGCAAGAGUUUAUACCGCAGCAGGACCAAUUUUUAGAAAAAACAUCCGCACUGAACGGUGACGAGAACGGACCAUGGCCGGCUAAACGACGUAGAAAUUCCAUUUACAAAAAUAUGGGACUUCUUUGUUGCGUCUCACGACCAAAUUAUCUGUGAAAUUUUUAAAGUUAACCGAAAACUUAUGAACACACGGCUAGCGCAUAGCACACAAAUCAAGCAAUACUAAUAUUUUAUUCGACUAAACCAACAUUGGAGAAUGUGGAAAUUUUUAUUAUCUUUUUUCGAUUAUUUUCCGGAUUGAAGAGUGUAAUGUAAAUGUGUUGAAUGGGGGUGGCGAGAAAUGCUGUCAAGUUUUGUAUUUUAUGUAAUCGAAAAUGUGCAUAUGAAAUGUGUGUGCACCAUCAUCACAGUGUGGAGAAAAUGGAAACGACAGAAGUGGAAUAUGUUCGUAAAUUUUGAAUUAGUCACCAAAUUUAAUGCUCAGAAUGUAUUUGCAUAUUCAUCAGCUGCAUCAAGAUAAUGUAAUUCCAGACUUAAGCAUCGAGACAUUUCCCCAGUGUAAUAUUUUGUCGUCUGCCGGAGAGUAGUGACCAUGUCACUGGAUACUUAAUUGAAUGUGUGAAAAUGUUUAUCAUCAGGUCUUAAGCAUUUUCCUACACUGUACGUUAAUAGUAUGUUACGUAACUGCGGGGGAAAAUUUACUUACUCACAAAGGGGAAGUCAAAGGCGAGGGAUAUAAUCCACAGAGUAAAUAAGCGUACGUAGGUGCGUAUUAUAUUUUACAUGCUACCAUCAAUUAAGAACUUUUUCACAGACACAAAUGGUGCUGAAAAUUCUUUCAAACAAAAGAAGUAGUAGACUCGACGUUGGUUCUGAUGAUAAAAACUGUGAUGUCUGUGAACGUAAAAAAACUUACUUCCCAGAUAUGAUCAUACAAUAGCGUUUUGUGUACUACUCGGACAAACAAACACA